AUGCAACUUCUGGUUUUUGCCAUAUUGGCCCUUCUACCGGUAAUAGUGCACGGUAAAGGAGCUGUCGCGGGCCCUUGCAGCAAGUACUCGUUCCCCCAUGUCACAUGCAUCGCCCGAUAUGGUGCAGUUUUGACGCCGGGAUUCUAUCGCGAGGUGCAUAAUCAAAUUGGGGAUGCAGACCCUUAUUCGUCCACUGUCUUAGUCGACGAUCCCUCGUUCCAAAGCGUUUCAAAUGCUACCUUUCUCGUUUGGGAUGCCGAUCAGGCAGCUGACAUUUUGGGCGAGACGCCGACAUUUGAAUAUAUGUUCAGUAUUUCGCAUGCUCCCCAUGAAGCCCCUGUUUAUGUACCUCGAACCCACGAGCUGUGGUUCUCGCGGUUGGAGCAGGGCUUUUUGCCGCAGCUCGUUGUUGACUUGAGGUCGGACCCGCCCAGUCUCUCGCAAAAGACGACGAAUCCACCUCUGUAUGCACCCUCUGGGGCUAGAUACCGGAAUGGAUCUAUCGUAUAUUCGUCCGGAGGGCUGAGUCGCUCUCUGGCAGAUGACAGUUUCGUAUCCGGGAUAUAUCAGGUGGAUCCCGUCACGGGCGAGUCACAAACACUGGUCAAUAACUACUUCGGCUGGUAUUUCAACACCUGUGAUGAUCUUGAUGUGGAUGGGAGUGGGAAUAUUUGGUUCACCGAUAACUUUUACUCCUGGGCAGAUCACACCAGUGACACCGCACCACAGCUGGGAACGGCUAUCUACCGUUUCAAUCCACGCACUGGAGCGGUGGCCAUUGUGGACGACACGCUGGUUGAGCCUAAUGGGAUUACGUUGUCCCCCGACGGACGCCGGCUCUAUCUGUCCGACACCGGGGCUGGGGAAGCGGUGAUCGAUCCUCGGAUUCAGCCCGUUCCUGGACUUCGAUACAACAGCACGGGCAAACGAACAGUCUAUUCGUUUGAUGUUAGUGAAGACGGCCGAUCGAUAAGCAACAAGCGGCCGAUCUAUCUGGCAUUGGACUACGCGCCAGACGGGCUCAAGGUGGCUCGUAACGGAAUGCUCCUGACAGCCACGGGCCACGGUGUGGAUAUUCUUGAUGCGCAAGGGACGCCCUUGCUUCGCGUGCAGACCAAUUUCACGGCAGUCAAUAUGGAGUUUGUUGGGCCCAACUAUGAUGAGUUGUGGAUAGUGGGGAUUGGAGGAGUGGCGCGCGUGAAAUGGGCGCUGCGGGGACCGGUAUAUGCAUGA